AUCCCGGGCGCCGCGCGCUCAGUGUGCCCGAGUGUCCCGUGUUGCGUGUGCGCACUCCCGUGAGCUUGCUUGAACCCCGAAUUUGCCGCGCCUGACGAGAUGCAGCUCUUAUUGGCAACCUGCUUUUUGCUGUGCGCAGCUACUCUCGGCCCUGCCGCAGCCCAGAGGAUAACAACCAUUCAGCUCGAUGGUGUGCAAUAUUUCAUAUCAAGAAUGAACCCGUACAGCCCGGAGCUCAACUACUUCCUAGCUUAUCAAUAUUGCAGAUCACUAGGACUCCAAUUAGCUUCUUUUGAAACUAAAGAGAAGGCAGAUUCUAUAACGACAUAUCUUACGAAUGCAGGCUACAAUAAAUAUGACUUCUGGACAUCAGGCAACAAUCUAGGCACAGAUAUGUAUUUAUGGAUGAGCACAGGUCUUCCCUUUAACGCGACUUUCAACUACAUGCGGCGUGUGACCGUGGAUGCUCCCAGUCAGACCCCUGACGACAGCAUGGAUCCUCUUGAUAUGCCCCAGGGUAGCACCGCGCCUCAACGCACUGCCAGGCAUGGUUUGUCUUCCAGGACGGAGCAUGUGAUGACGAAUGGCUGCGUAGCUCUCAAGGCGCCGACUUUCCACUGGGAACCGCAGCACUGCGGGGAGAUUAAGGACUUCAUCUGCGAGCAAACGCGCUGCUACUACUACAACUACGGCUCCAUCCCGGUCUCCUCGGCGCAGGGGAAGCCGUUAUCGAUGACGACCACGACGACGGCGCACCCGCUCACGUCGUCGUCGCCGCCGCCACCGCGAUCCGAGCACCUGCCCACCCACUUCACCCUCAACGACCUCAUCGGCAAGCUGCGUCCUUCCUCUCUCGAUGGUCUUCAGUCUCCACAUCUCAAGACUAAUGCUUUAAUGAAGUCCCCGCCUCAAAUCGAUUCUCAUUACUCUCGCGCCGCUGACGCUCAUUCUAAAGAUUCCCACGAUCAUGAGCAGGAGCAAAAAGAGGAGCCGACUCAGGGACCCUAUGAGGAUGAUGGCGGUAUGGUAGGCGAUGACCCCACGGCGUACUUGGCCCAGGAGGCAGCACGUGACGCGUCCGCCGCUGAGAAAUCUCCGUCCACUUUCGAGCCGGACGCUACGGAGCACUCCGUCCACGCCAGCGGUAUGCUGGCUCCUCCCGCCUACUAGCGUCCGGCUUGACGGUCGUAUUAACUUAACCCUUACAUGACAAUUAGCUAUUUUAUCUACCAAAAGUAUUACUUAUGAUUUAAUGCAAUUUUUCUCUAAGCGUUGUGGAUUGUGUGAACUUGUGUUGAGGGUGCAUACGUCGCUGCAUAAGAUUUUACUAAUCAAUAUUACACAUAUGUAAAUGAUAUUUCUAGGCUGAUAUUCUAAUCGAUAACUUCGAGCUAGGUGAAUGACUGGGGACUUAGGUUUUAUGGGGCAAUAUUAUUUCUUGUGAAGGUGCUGGCGACUCGUUCUUUGCGACUUGCCUCCGUCUUCGAAAACGGUGAAUAUCACAAAAUGAGUAUUCCACGAAAUAUAGGUACCUAACUUCGAUAAGUUUUAAUUUUAUGUAGGUGUGUCAGAUCUCUGGUAAUUUCAUUUAAACCGUAAUUUGUAUUAAUUUAAUAUAAGAAAAUUAAGCCGUCGAAGUGUGUGGACAUAUCAAUCAAAAUAGUGGCAAAUAAGAUAGUGUUUAUAUACGCGACAUACCUAGUUAAGUAUAAAUAAG